AUGAGUAUAGCAUCACGAGUACGUCAUCCUAACCUGGUCCAGUUUAUUGGUGCAACUAAAGUGGGUAAUCCUCUCAUCUUGACCGAGCUGAUGAGCACUAGUCUUUAUAAAAAGCUUCAGGAGACUAAGUUAACAAAUCAACAGAUUCUGAGUAUUGCUCAAGAUGUAGCUUUAGGCCUCAACUACCUUCACCUGUUUAAGCCUCAGCCUAUUAUUCACAGAGAUGUCAGCAGCCCUAACGUAUUAUUAAAGCCUUGCACUGGAGCUGCUGGUUAUGAAGCUAAAGUAGCAGAUUAUGGUACAGCUAAAUUGCAACAAGGCACUAGUACUGGUACUGUUAUGCCAGGCAAUGUUGCAUAUGCUGCACCAGAAGCUCGUGAUCCUGAUCAACACAGUCCAGCAAUGGAUGUCUACAGUUACACUGUUCUCCUUAUGGAAAUGACAUUGUACUCUCCCCCAGAAAUGACGACAGGAGAGAGAGAAGUACAAUCUGGUAGUGUCUCCUGGUCUGAUAUGAAGUCUCUCAUACAAAGAGGACUUAAUGCUAAUCCUAGAGCUCGUCCUAUUAUGGCUCAAGUAAUAGAGUCAUUGAAAAGGAUGACGAUUUGAUUAAUUGUUUGUAUUUUUGAUAUUCUAAUUAUUACUGCUGCCUUUUAGUUAUAGUUUUCUAUUAUUUUUAGUAUAAA